UGCAGCAUCUAGCCAGUGAAGGUUGGUGGGAAUUGAGGGUCGCCCGAGUCGAACAGAAUGCAGGGGAGAGAGAAUUGGGGAAGGCGAGAAGCAGAGCCGCCAGUGGGAGCAUAUAACAAGCCCCUUUCUGCAGUCCAACUGACGUUCUGCUCAUUUACCAGUGAAGUGACUGUUUGUAUCCUUUGCACCAAGAUAUCUCUAGUAUGUAUCUUUCGGUUGUGACCUUCCUCGCUCUCUCUGCUAUCGCUUCUGCCCAUAGCGAUCAUGGUCAGACUCCAUUGGCGGGACCGCAUCAAAGGCUGUGGUACAACACUCUCCCUGGCGACGGUGGCACUCAGGCCGACUCCGUCUUCUCCGGUAUCUCGACCUUUGGCCGUUUGCCUUACUUCCCCUGUCUUUCCAGCGAAGAGGAGCGAUACGACAUUGCUUUCUUAGGCGCUCCCUUUGAUACUGGCACUUCUUACAGACCUGGGGCGAGAUUUGGACCUAGUGGAAUUAGGCAAGGAUCUCGUCGUCUCAAUCUUUAUGGUGGCUACAAUGUGCCGCUGCAAGCGAACCCUUUCGUCAGCGACUUGAAGAUCUUAGACUGUGGAGAUAUCCCAGUCACUUCCUAUGACAAUGCUUGGGCCAUCCAGCAGAUUGAGGAAGGUCACAAUAGCGCCUUGAUGCGCAAGCCAUUUACCGAUGCCGAUGAGCUCGGGCUCUCCAAGGCCGGCAAGACUCUUCCACGUAUAAUUACUCUGGGAGGAGAUCACACCAUCACCCUUCCCUUACUGCGCAGUAUUAACAGGGCCUAUGGGCCUGUUACUGUUAUUCACUUUGACAGCCAUCUAGAUUCAUGGAAGCCAAAGGUCUUCGGCGGCUCACCUAGCCAGGUCGCCGCAAUCAAUCAUGGAACCUACUUCUACCAUGCUGCGAUGGAAGGCCUGCUCAAGAAUGAUACGAAUAUCCACGCUGGUAUUCGCACUACGCUUUCUGGUCCUUCGGACUACGAAAACGACGGGUACUGCGGGUUUGAGAUCGUCGAGGCCAGAGAAAUUGAUACUAUCGGAACGGAAGGAAUCAUCAAGAAAAUCAGGGACAGGGUCGGCACCGAGAACCUUGUUUACCUCUCCAUCGAUAUCGAUACUCUUGAUCCCGCUUAUGCCCCAGCGACAGGUACACCCGAGACGGGCGGCUGGUCGACGCGUGAGCUCCGCACCAUCAUUCGCGGAUUGGAUGGGUUGAACUUCAUCGGGGCGGACAUAGUAGAAGUCGCUCCAGCUUAUGAUACAAAUGCUGAACUUUCGACCAUGGCUGCUUCCGACGUCCUUUACGAGGUUCUGACCAUCAUGGUCAAGAAGGGUCCGCUAUCUGCUAGUCGUUCGGACGAGAUGUAGACGAUGUACUGCAUCGUGGAGAUGGCAGUGGCUUGUCUACGGCACUUUUAUGUCUCGUGACUUUUGACUGGAAGCAGAUGCGCUUAAUCUAGCCAAAACACCCCACAAGGCGGGUAGUUUGUAUCUAAGUUGGAUUGCAAGGCCUACACAAUAGCAU